AUGGACUGGCUCGUGGAUGCUUACAAAGUUUCUGAAAAUCUGGAACCUAAAAUAAACCAACUUCACAAAAAAAUGGAUGACAUUUGUUUAAACAUUCUAGACCUGGGUUGUGGAACAUCAGAUGUUGCUUCAGUACUGUUGAAGGAGUGCAAGACAGCUGUGAAUAUUCAUUGUGUUGAUUAUUCUGAGGGAGCACUUCAGUGGCAGAAAGGCUUGCUUUCAGAACUGAAUCAAAAUCAUGGAAACUUGUUGUCAAAUUACUGGCUUGUUAUGGCAGAUGUUUGCCAUCUACCAUUUAAGAAUAAGUUUUUUCAUGCUAUCAUUGAUAAAGGAACCAUUGAUUCUCUUCUAAAAUCCAGAGAUGGACAACAGUUGGCUGAAGAGUCUAUGAAGGAAAUUUUUCGUGUAUUGCAUCCUGAGGGAAAUCUGUGGCAGAUCACCGACGAAGAUCCAGAUCUCAGAUUACUUUUUUUACAAACUGUUCAAAACAACACCCAGAAGAGAUAUACCUCCUCAUUUGAAAUUUUGCUGAGUGAUUCUAUGACUGAUUAUUUUCUGUACACUGUCACAGAGGAUGCUCUUGGAAAAUCUUAA